AUGCAUGUGGACAGUGAAAUUGAACAAGGGGAGGGCUUGUGUGAAUUUGAGACGAUAUUUGAUGCUGGGAGAAAAAUAUGGACUACAAAAGGAGAAGAACAAGAAGCCGGCAAGAAAGACUUCAUUAAUGCCCUCGAGCUUUUGGAAAGGGAGCUCGGGGAGAAGCCCUACUUUGGAGGCGAAAAAUUCGGGUUUGUUGAUGUGGCCUUCAUUGGCUUCUACUGCUGGUUUUACACAUACGAAACGUGUGGUAAGUUCAGCAUUAAAGAACAAUUCCCAAAGCUGAUUGAAUGGGGCGAAAGGUGCAUGAUGAAGGAGAGUGUUUCGAAAUCAUUGGCCGAUCCUAAGGAAGUUUAUGAGUUUGUGCUGAUGCUGAAGAAGAAGUAUGGGUUUGAGUAG